GCUGUGCGCUUCAUUAAACAGGAAGACAGCAGUAGCAUUUAUCAUGACACCCAAGAUUUGCCCUUUUCUCUCCACAUGGUUGAUAAAACAUUGUUGUUACAUGCACGUUAAGCCGCUGUACAUCAAACACAAUUGGUAGCGCGCAUCUGUGUGACUGUAAACUCCUCUGAGCACAUCUGUCCUCUAACACGUGAUCUGCUGCAGCACAGGACACUCGUGCUGUGUGUGCAUGUGUGUUAUGGCAUGGCAGUCUGAUGAAGCAUUCAAGCUGACAUGGACAAAACCUGAUGAUCUGAUUCUUGGGUGCAUCUGAUCUGUCUAGUAUGUGGAGUGUAUCCUGACGCCGGCCGUCCUUUGCCAUGUUCCGGCUCCGAUCGUUUCGGGCAUGUUCCCGUAGACUGUUUCACUGUGGGGCCGUCAGCCGUGAUCAGGUGCUAGACCAGCUUCAGACGUGCUCUGCUGAAGACCAGGUGUUCGAUGUGGUGGGCCGGAACAAGGCCAAGCUGUCCGUAAGCCACGUGAGCUAUGCUAUUGGACGGCUGUGGAGGUUUCAAAGAGAGCGGCCACACAUGCUCAGAACAAUCGAGCAGGUCCGGAAUCACCCGCAGUUCCUGACGCUUCGAGUUCUGGCUGAAAACAAGAUCAGCCUCAUGGAUGACGCUUCAGUGGUGGACAUGCUUUAUGUUGUGCUCAGGCUUCAGGUUGAACACCAUGACUCUCUUGUUCAGCAGCUGGUGACAGAGGCUUGGAACAGACUAGAGAGAUUCCAGAUGGCAACACUUUCAAAGUUUGCAGUUUGUCUGAGUGACCAGUUCCUGCAGCACAGCCCGCUGAUGGGUCAGAUUACACAAAUAGUGAGUGAAAGACUGGACUCGAUUCAAGACGCCAGAGUGCUCACACCCUUGAUGAAUAGUAUUUUUGCCCUGGUGUCGCCACAACUUCGGGAUGAACUGUUUAAAAAAGCGGACUCCCUUUUAGACAAAAUGAACCCGUUGCACUUCAACAACCCCAGAAGGGUUGUGCAGUUCAUCAGGAACGUCAAAGAGAUUCACCGUCCCCUCCUGGAGAAAUGCAACCAGCUUCUUCUGCAGAACGUCUCCCGGAUGGACGUAGAGCACAUCAGCAUCAUUCUGGGACUGUAUCACUCGAUGCAGUACAAUAACUGUGAUUUCCGGCUGGCUGUGAGACAGAGACUCUUGGAGCUGGUGGACACAAGCACUGAUCCUGCCACUUUCACCAAACUAUUUGCUUCUUUAGGACCAAUAACGGGGCAAGAUGUCAGAGAGGGGUUAGAGAGUACUGCGCUGCUAUUGGCUGAGGAGCUGAAUCCCCAUCAGGCUUUAGGUGUGGUGGAAACAAUGGAGGAGAUGCAAUGCAGAAACCUUCAGUUAAUAAACAAGAUGGCAGCAGUACUUUUAAAGAAUCUGGAGACAUACAGGGCAGUGGAAAUUGCUCGGAUCACCCAGUCUCUCAUCCUGCUGCACUGCCAGAAUCCCGACAUCUUCUCCAGACUGAAGGCCAGACUGCUGCAUUACCUGCAGCGCAGUGUGUAUCCAUACGAGGUGACCAUGCUAACCAGGGUUCUGUCCAUGCUUCCUUCUCCCCGUCCUGACGAGGCCGUCCUUUCCCGUAUAAACGCUGUGAUCCCGCAGUGCAACCUUAAUGACCUCAAUACUUACGCCACGAUCGUCGCCAAAUGGAUUCGCAACGAUCCCUCGUACCGGCACAACACCUCCAGCAAGUACGUUCGCCUGCUCCAGACCCUGAACCGCUGCAGUCGGGAGCGGCUGCGCAGCUUCGAGAGUCUGGACGUGCUGCUGGAGGAAGUGAAGUGUUUGUCGGGGGAGUGGUUUGAUGAGAUGCUGCUGGAAGAGUCUAUGGUCGCCAUGCAGAAACUGACUGACCAGAUAUCCUGGAUUAACGUACAUGAGCUGGGCGUUUAUCUGACCAGGACUAACUACUUCUGUGCCGCGCUGAUGGACCGUAUCGCUAGUGUGACGACUGAAAAUAUAGACAAGAUUCAUUACUCUGCAACAUAUUCCACUUUGCUGCCUUUCGCUGUGCUAAAUUAUGACCCACCAAAGGCGGAGGAGUUUUUUGAUGUGUGCAUCCGACAUUUCACUCCAUAUAUUAGUUCCUUUGACCCUCACCUGCUGGUUCUCUUAGCUUACGCACUGGCCUUGGCUGAUUAUUUCCCUGAGGAGGUAGUCAGAGAAAUCUUCAAUGUGGACUUUCUUGCAAAGUUGGAUGCCCAUCUGGAGACCUUUCCAGAUGCUCUAAACAUGCGCAUCCGUCUCCGUCUCAUGGAGCUGAAUCGGGCCGUGUGUCUGGAGUGUCCAGAGUUUCAGGUGCCUUGGUUUCAUGAGCGCUACUGUAAACAGUUGCGGAAGAGAGCCAACAGCUCCAUUAGUCCAGCUCAGCAGCAGAUCCAUAAGAUGCUCGGGGAUGUCCUGGGUGGGAUGAACUAUGCAAAAGUAGGAGUGCUGACUCCAUACUUCUAUACUGUCGAUUUUGAACUUGUCCUGGAUCGCCAUCUUCAUCCGGUACCGUACAGCGAGCCCAGUCAGCUGCAGAUCAAUGAGAACGGAAACGUUCACUGGCAGUCUGGAUCAGCAGACGGAGAGAGGAUGGAGCUGCCGCCCGGAGCUCGCCGCAUUGCCUUGGAUUUCCUGGACUCCAAAUCCUUCUGCAAAAACUCCUGGCACAUGAAAGGAGAGGCCAUGAUGAAGAAAAGACAUCUAGAAAUAUUAGGAUAUCAUGUAUUACAGGUCAGUAGAAAGAUAACGCACAAUUCUGACAACAAAAGUGAGGUGUUGCUAAUAAUGCAUGUUUCUAUGCAGAUUCCUCACUUUGAAUGGAACUCAAUGGAGCUUUCCACAGAAGAUGCAUGGAAAGAAUAUCUAAGGAAGAAAAUAUUCUCAGAGUUACCCUGAGACGUUUUCUUGAAACAACAGACAUCAGAUUGUUUGCAGACUGUCCAAGCUGCAAAAUUAGUACUGCAAUCUUAUAUUAAUUGCUCAUUUUGUAAUAAAUUAUAUUGCUUAUGUUACUGUUUUCAUUCACAAUGAAGAAAUGCAUAGCUGUUG